AUGGAAGAAUAGGAGGAAUGUAGUGAUUGUAAAAUUAUAAUUGCCAAAAAAGAAAUGUAUUGUGAGAAAUGUCUGCAAUAAUAGAUGAAAAAAGAGGAGGAGGAAGUUAAACAAUUAGAAAAUGAAAUCAAUGAAUUGCAGAUCCAAUUAAAAUAAGUCAGAGACGAAAUGUACAAAAUGGAAACUAAUCAAAUUGAAAAGAAGAAUGAUAAAAUAGAACUGGAUAAAAAAAACUUAGAUAAAGAAAUUUAUUAAUUAGAAUAGGAUGAAUAGCAAUAGAAGAAGGAGUUGAUUAAGCUAAAAAAUUCGAUCCUUGAGCAAGAGCACAAUGAAGACAAUUUAUGGGAACACAUCAAUAAAUUCACAAGAAAACUAUAUUCCUUAUUUGAAUCUAAUUAAAUUGCUGAUAAUAAAUUAUCUCAACUCAACAACGAAUUAGAUCGAUUAAGCAAACUAGAUGUAUUAAAUGAUUUGUUUAAAAUAUCCGUUUAAGAUGAAGUAGCAACUAUUAAUGGAUUGCAAAUUGGUAAGAAGGGUGAAUAGCCUGUUGAUUGGGAUGAUAUCUCAGCUGGAGUUGGUCAUCUUACCUUGUUACUAGUUUACUUGAUGAAGAAGUUUAUGUACACCUAUUAAAAAAUAGAAUCGAUAGAACUAAAUGGGUCAUUCUCAAAAAUCAAAAUCAAAGAUGAAUAUUAAAAUACUCUAUGUACCAAAACAUUAAAUCUAUAUUUGAAUAAUAAAACUUCGCAAAAAGAUGAGGAAGAAUUUAGUGAUGCCUUUCUAUAGUUGUAUUUCGAAUUUUAAUAGUUUUGUAAAUAUUUGUAAGAUGGGGACAUAUUGAGAAAAAGAAAAAUUAAUCUAAAUUUACCUUUUACAAUGAAUGGCAUGUCUGUAGACAAUAAAAUACUUAGUUUGAAGUAACCAGCAGCUUAGAAAUGGCAAGAAUGGACUAAUUCUGUCAAGAAGUUUUUAGCAAAUGUCAAAGCUCUCAUUGUUGCUAAUGCAUAAUUUGAUUUAUCUUUAUGA